ACUAAGAGGUAAGGGCCUUGCUCACAGUGGCAACUUGGCAGUGGUGGGGCUUGAACCAGCAACCUUCCAAUUAGAAGUCAACUACCUUAACUAUUGAGCUACCCUUCUGAAAAGGCCUACCUUACUGUUUGCCCUUAAAGUUGCUUUGACCAUAAUAGAAACAACUUCAGAAGUCAUCUGCGCUGCACUGACGGCCCCUGCACAUGUAAGCUGUGCUGUACUGGAGUCAGCAGGCUGGAGGAUGGAAGCGUUCUGCUCUAACUGCAGUGGGAAUGGCACCAGGUGGCACCUUUCUGAACCAUUUGGAUGAACUGUGGUUCGCAUUCCAAAAGCACAGGUGCACUUUCCUACAGAGAGGACAUACACCAUCACAUGGUGGUGACAGGACCAGAUAGGUCACUGAAUUUCUUAAGAUCCUUUUGUGGCUGGAUGUGAAUGGAUGAUGACUCCAUCUCAUGUGUGAAUCACUGUGGGCAGGAAUUCAAUGGCCAGAACCUGUGCAACUGUAAAACCAAAUGCCAAGAGGACAACAACUGCUGCCCUGACUACCACAUUCAGUGUGAAGAGUCUUUGAGUAGAGUCUCUGACUCCGAGAUCCAGGCAGUUUCAGAGGCACUCUACAGCUUGGACUCGAACAGAGCCUCUGAUUCAGAGCUCAUCAUUGAUCCUCAAGUUCUUAUAUCGAACUCUGAGACCAGUGCUAAGAAAGACUUAUCACCACAUUCUUUGUUCAGAUAUGUGAGUGAGGCCUCCCUGUUCUCCAAACCUACGUACGCAGCCUUUAUCACUUUGCUGGAUAACUAUGACAGGAAGACAGGGGUGGCAGAGAGCUUCAGCCCAGCUGAGGUGCAGGAGCAGGAGAACUUCCUCAAACAGACCAUACAGAACACUGAACUGGGCAGAGAGCUCUACACCUUCCUCUACAAUAAAGGUUAUUACACUUCCUGGGAGGAGUUCCUUUUUGAUCUUAAGAUGAUGUGGUUUGGCCUCUACAGCCGGAGCAAUGACAAGUUGGACUCCAGUGGUUUUGAACAUGUCUUUGCAGGAGAAAUCAAGAACGGGAAGGUGUCUGGUUUUCAUAACUGGGUAAGGUUUUACCUCAUGGAGAAGCAGGAGCUCCUGAAUUACUACAGUCACAGCUUUGAUGGCCCUUGGCUUUCCUACCCUGAUGUACUGGGGAUGCAGUUUAUGUGGGAUGGCUACUACAAGCAGAUUGGCUCGGCCAUCAUUGGCAGCAGUCCCGAGUUUGACCUGGCAGUCUACACCCUCUGUUACAUCACACGCCCCAGCAAAAAAUGUCUUCUGAGUUUGGGGGGAAAGCAGCUGUCCAUCCAGACUUACACCUGGGAUAAGACUAAUUAUGGGAAUGGCAAGAAAUACAUUGCAUCGGCUUACCCUGUCACACCUAAUUAAACGUGUUUAACAGCACAGAAAUCUUGAAUAAAAUUUCAUCCGAACAUAUAAUUUCACAUCUUCGUUUGUACAGCAGUAGUAAUUAUUAGAAAUAGUAUUUAUGCAGAUAAAUAUUAAUGUCGUAAAACUGAUUUUCAUUGGAUUAGAUUAAACAGAUGGAUUAAAUUAGACAAAAACCGUAAACAGCUGUAUUAAAUUAGACAAACACCUUAACUGAUUUGUUAGCAGGUAAUGUUGAUGGCUUUUCCAUAAUGUGUAUUACUUAAGAAUACUUAUGUAUAAUAAUAUUUAAUAAUACAUAAGAAUUAA